UCCCAGCAUCCCAGCCAUGCACACCCUAGCGCUCCUGACGGCAGUCCUCUCCUGUGGGUGCAUCACAGCGUUGGGGGAACUCCACCGGGUGAGCCAUGGGGGUGUGGUCUACGCAGCGGCGCCCCAGGAGCGGGGGGCGUACUCCGUGGGCGCUGAAGGUGGUCGCUAUAACUAUGGCUACAACACUGGCGAUGGUAUCGCCAAGGUGGAGGUGCGGCAGGAAGAUGGCGCCACCUACGGCUCCUACCGCUACUUCGACCCUAAUGGGAAACAGGUGGUGCGAUCUUACGUCGCCGAUAAGAGAGGCUUUCGUGUCUUAGGCAACGACCUCCCGAUUAGUCCAGACACCCCGGCCUCCAAGGUGCUGGGCGCCCCAGCCUUCACCGGGGCUGUUGAGGGCACCGCAGAGUUCGCCAUCCCUCCGCCCUUGGGCUCCAACGCGCCACCGCAGACAUCCAGUUUCCAGACGCAGCAGUUCUCGCAGCAGCAGCAUCUACAGGAUCAGCUUAUCCAGAGACAGCAGGAGACGUACCGUCGUCAGCAGCAACAGGUGGAGGAACAGAGGCGACAGUUAAGGCUCCAGCAGGAAAAACUGGAAGCGCUUCAGAGGGAACUCGAGGCGCAACAUCUGAAGAUUCAGCAGCAAUUGCAGCAGCAGCAGCAACAGAUUCACUUUCCACAGCAACCUCCCGUACAGCAAAACUAUCAGUUCCAGGCGUCACUUCAGCAGCAGCAACAACAGUCCAGGUUCCCACAAACACAGAACCAGCUGACUGGCGGCCUCACCUCUCCCUACUACUACUUCCAGCAGCAGCUCAAUUACGACUUCCCAGCUGGCUUCGCUUACUCCGGGGGAAUGCCCGUCAUCAAUACGUCGCCGGCCGGCAAAACCGUCUAUUCGAAAUCGCCCUACGUGAUCGGAUAAGCUGGAUAAAGAUCCACCUCGUCAAAUUGAAUGCACCCACCUACGAGGUCGGGCAAGCCUGGUGUAGGCUUCGUAAUAUUCAAUUCUCUCUCUCACUCUCACAUGUUUCAAACGUUUAGAAAAUACAAAUAAACACACUUUACCUCACCUGUCAUAUGCCAAAGUUGACAACAUUAUACUUCCCGCAUGUUACAAGUGUUUACGAAUAUACUUUACAUUUUGGUGGUAGGUGUUGCUUAGGGAGUGAUGGUAAGUGUUGCUUAGGGUGUGGUGGCAGGUGAUGCUUAAGGUGUGGUGGUGGGUGUUGCUUAGGGAGUGGUGGUAGGUGUUGCUUAGGGUGUGGUGGUGGGUGUUGCUCAGCAUGUGUGGGUGUUUCUCUGCUCAGGACUUGUGUAUGUUUAUGGCGUGAUGUAGAUUCUCAGGGUACACGGAGCGGUGUAGUCACUCUUAAUGGUGUUUUCCUCCUCCAUUUGUCAGCUGUUGUGGUACACGGGAUGGUACAGUCACUGUUGAUAGUGUUUUUCCCUUCUCUUUAUCAGUAUUAUGGUACACGAGACGGUGUAGUCACUUUUGAUAGUGUUUUCCCCUUCUCUUUGUCAGCAGUUAUGGUACACGAGACGGUGUAGUCACUGUUGAUAGCGUUUUUCCUUACCUUUGUCAGCAGUUAUGGUACAGGGGACGGCGCAGUCACUGUCCGCUUAGUCUAAACAAUGUGGUCUAGACAAUGUGGUCGUUCAUCCACGACACAUUAACAAUAAAGAUCGUCUUCAAACAACUGAAGUCACUUAUGUUAUGUCACCAAUAAAACCUUCAGAGCGUUGUGUCUUAUCUUUUUUUUUGUGUGUGAAUCAUUAAUAAAUGUACAUCUUCA